UCCAAGAUGACUUCUGUCCCCACAGCAAACUGGAACGUGAGCAUGAGCAGCAGGUGGAACGUGAGCCUUGCUGCAGCGGGUGAUCCCUGGGGACAGGCGCUGGGAGCACCAGCUGGAAGCGCUUCUCCCCCUGUAGCAUCCUCAGCAGCUAACUUCUCCAAUCAGUUUGUGCAGCCCUCUUGGCGCAUUGCCCUGUGGUCUCUGGCAUAUGGUGGUGUCGUGGCAGUGGCCGUUUUUGGAAAUCUCAUUGUCAUCUGGAUUAUCCUGGCUCACAAGCGCAUGAGGACAGUGACCAACUACUUCCUGGUGAACCUGGCCUUCUCCGAUGCCUCCAUGGCUGCUUUCAAUACUCUCAUCAACUUCAUCUACGCACUGCACAGCGAGUGGUACUUUGGAGAGGCUUACUGCCGCUUCCACAACUUCUUCCCAAUCACAGCUGUCUUCGCCAGCAUCUACUCCAUGACAGCGAUAGCUGUGGACAGAUACAUGGCCAUUAUUGAUCCCUUGAAGCCUAGGCUCUCGGCAACUGCUACCAAGGUGGUCAUUGGGAGCAUAUGGAUUUUGGCUUUCUUGUUGGCCUUUCCCCAGUGCCUAUACUCCAUAACCAAGGUGAUGCCUGGGAGAACUCUUUGCUAUGUAGCAUGGCCAGGUGGUCCAAAACAACUUUUUCAUUGCAGGUAUCAUGUCAUUGUGAUUGUGCUGGUCUACUGCUUUCCACUGCUUGUCAUGGGCAUCACUUAUUCAAUAGUGGGAAUUACCCUCUGGGGAGGAGAAAUACCAGGCGACACAUCCAACAAAUAUCACGAGCAGCUCAAAGCUAAGAGAAAGGUGGUAAAAAUGAUGAUUGUGGUUGUGCUGACAUUUGCCAUCUGCUGGCUGCCUUACCACAUUUACUUCAUAGUUACUGGGAUCUACCAACAAUUAAAUCGGUGGAAAUACAUUCAACAAAUCUAUUUGGCCAGCUUUUGGCUUGCCAUGAGCUCUACAAUGUACAAUCCCAUUAUCUACUGCUGUCUGAAUAAGAGGUAA